CAGAUCUCCUAGUUUCUAUAGAUUUCUGUUCUGUUGUUGUUCGUUGUAUUUUUUUUGAAUAUUUGCGGUUGUAGGUCGCGGUCAGUCGCGGUGGUCUCUACUACUCGUACAGUGGUGCAGUGGUGGUGGUGCUGACCAGUAGUGCUGACUGGCUGGCCUAGCUGGCUGACUCGAGGGUACGGCAGCGGUGACCUUCCAAUGACAUUGACCCAUGCAUCCAUCAAAACCAAUCAAAACAAACCAGUUUCACCAGUUUUCAACGGCCAACUUCGGGUCGGUCGAUUGUUUGUUUGUUUUAUUCGAAACAGGUGGACCAACGAUACGACGCAGAAAGUGACCAGAUCCAGAUCUUGUUUUUUUUGGUGUGUGUGUGUGCGUAUGUGAUGUAAACAGCUGAUGCUGUUUGGGGGUUGUGUGGUAUUAGUAGUAGUGGUGGUAGUGGUAGUGGUGGCACUCAGUAGCACUACAUUUGUAAUUGUCAAAAAUGUCUUGUUGGAUAUAUUCGGAUGAAAAUUAACAUUAGAGUGAUGAUGAGCGAUCAGUCUUAUUAGAUUCGUGGGAUCUGGUUGUUUUUUGGUAGAUUGCUUCUUCCACUUUCUUCUACUUCUUCGCUGCUCUCCAAUAGUGAAGGGGGGUGGGGGCCCUUUUGGUGGUUUUCGUAUCGGAGUUGGCUGUGCGCGUACUAGAAUGGACAAAGAAAUGUGCAACAUAAGCAAAAGGUUGGUUGACGAAGAAGAGGUCGUUGAGGUGGAGGAGGAGGAGGAGGAAGACGAUCAAAGCGAGCGCGAGUUGAGCAACAGAAUUUUCAGUGUGGAUAGUGCUGAGGAGGAAGAGAUGGACGAAAAGGAGAAGAUGUUGAACAUUGCGAACCUGGAUGAGCCCAUAGGUGGUGGUGGCGGUGGCGGCUGGGCAAAUGACGAUUGCGACGAAGACCUGGACAACGUGAAUUUCUUCCAUCGAGUUAACAGUGAUCAGAUCAUCUACCAGACCAAGAAGAGGAAACUCAAGCUCAUCGGCAAAUACGUGAUGGGGGAUCUGCUCGGCGAGGGCUCAUACGGCAAGGUGAAAGAGAUGCUGGACACGGUGACGCUCUGUCGACGAGCCGUCAAAAUUCUGAAGCAGAGACGCCUGAGGAGGAUACCCAAUGGCGAGCAGAACGUGCAAAGUGAAAUUAAGCUACUGAAGAAGCUCAAGCAUAAGAAUGUCAUAAGUCUAGUCGACGUGUUGUACAAUGAGGAGAAGCAGAAGAUGUAUCUGAUCAUGGAGUUUUGCGUGGGCAGUCUGCAGGGCAUGUUAGAGUCUACGCCCAAAAAGAAGUUUCCCCUGUUCCAGGCACACAACUACUUUACGCAGCUGAUUGACGGACUGGAGUAUCUGCACAGCAUGAGAGUGAUACACAAGGACCUGAAACCGGGCAAUCUGCUGCUCACUCUCGAAGGGGACUUGAAAAUCUCUGAUCUGGGUGUCGCGGAGACGAUAGAUUUGUUCGCCGAGGAUGAUACGUGCCACAACGGGCAGGGUUCGCCUGCCUUUCAGCCGCCGGAAAUCGCGAACGGUCUCGAAUCGUUUCCGGGCUUCAAGGUGGACAUCUGGAGUGCCGGGGUCACGCUGUACAACCUGACGACAGGCCUGUAUCCGUUCGAGGGGGAUAACAUCUACAGGCUGUACGAGAACAUCGGCAAGGGGGAAUUCACGAUACCAGAGGACAUCGAGAAUCCUCUCAGGGAUCUGCUGCUCGGUAUGUUGCGCAAAGAACCCGAAGAGCGCUUGAAUCUGCAGGAGAUUAGGCAGCAUCCAUGGUUCGGUCGGAAACCGCCGAGGAAUUCGUACGAAGUUGCGGUGCCGCCGAUGGCAGGUGAUCAGCUGCACAACAUGACCGUCCUGCCGUACCUGCGGGACCACUUUUACGACGACGACUACGAGGACGUAGAGGAUGGCGACUAUUCGACGACAGCGGGCAAUGCGGCGGCGACGAGGACGGCCGAUACAGUUGCGGGUGCCGAACACGAUGAGUACGACGAGGACGACGACGGGGUCCGAUAUUACACCGAGAGGGAUCUGAACGAAGAGCGCAGGAAAAUCGACGAGGAGCACAAGAACGGGGGUUCCGCACAAAUGAACAAUUACCAUCAUCAACACCAGCACUGCACAAAGCGAAGGUGGAAGAAACCGAUCUCGUGCAUUACCGUGAAAAGAUUGCCCGGCUGCAAGCAGUCGUGACAUUCCUUCUCUUCCUCCUCCUCCACCACCUCCAUCAUCAUCAUCGUUUCCAUCUCAACCAUACCUGUAAUCGAACGUCGCCGCUGCUGCUGUCUGCGAACGAUUAUUAAUUGAGUGGUAGCCGUGGCAGAAGCUGUAGUCGUUGCACGAUGAUCACUAUUCGCAGCAUUUCAUCCUCUUCUUUUACAAAAUAAUAAUAAUGAUGGUAAUGAAUGACGAUGGUUUUGUUGUUGUUGAUGGACAGAAAUUAUUUUUGUAAACAAAAGAAGAAAGAAAGAGAAAUGAAUGUAAUUAAUAAGGAAGGAAUGAAGGAAGGAUUGAGAUGUUUGUUUGAUCGAAUGCAAAGGAAGCAAAGAAUUGUUUAUUUUAUUUUAAAUUUUU